UAUUAUUAAUAUUACUAUAAUGAGCCAAGGUAAAUAUGGUAAAAAUACUCCAAUCACAAUUCAGGCUAUGUUGUGUUCUUUUAGAGUCCACUGGAUGAAACGUGUUUUUCUAAAAGUCGCCUCUGAACUUUUUCCAUUAAAACUCGCACCAUUUCCUCCAUGUUUGACUGAAGCAGCAGCAGCAGCAGCAGCAGCAGCAGCAGCUCACUGGUGGGAGUAAUAAUUUAGGAUUAGAUUGUCUGUCUAAUCUCUUUAUAGAGAGGGUGCCGUCUCAGCAGACAUACCUGUACAUACAUCCCAUCAUCUCAGCUCUGAACAGGAACUGCCCGUUCAUUAUGGAUGGUAACUUGAAAGAGAGCAGUAGUGUGAGCAGGAGUUUCGCUGCGUUUCACUGAAAGUGUUCCGGUUGUUGAUGUGUGGAGGUUUUGUUUUUGUUGUUUUUCGGUGAAUGUGCACAUGGAGCUUCCUCUUCACACCCAAAUCGAAGUCAUACCGUGCAAAAUCUGCGGCGACAAAUCUUCAGGGAUCCACUAUGGCGUCAUCACGUGUGAGGGCUGUAAGGGUUUCUUCAGACGGAGUCAGCAGAACAACGCGUCAUACUCAUGUCCUCGUCAGAGGAACUGCCUCAUCGACAGAACCAACCGCAACCGCUGCCAACACUGUCGCCUGCAGAAAUGCCUGGCUCUGGGAAUGUCCCGAGACGCGGUCAAGUUUGGCCGCAUGUCCAAGAAGCAGCGCGACAGCCUUUACGCAGAAGUGCAGAAGCACCAGGCUCGACUGCAGGAGCAGCGGCAGCAGCAGACGGGAGAAGCUGAAGCUCUCGCACGCGUUUACUCCUCCAGCCUCACCAACGGACUCUCCAACCUCAACCACGAGAUCGGCGGCACCUACGCCAACGGCCACGUUAUUGAGCUGCCCAAAGGUGGCCACGGUAAUGGAGGCGGAGUCCCCGGGGGCUACUACGGGAUGGACUCCACCCAGCCGUCCCCAGAUCAGUCGGGUCUGGACAUGUCGGGCAUGAAGCACAUAAAGCAGGAGCCGGUGUACGACCUGACGCCAGUGCCCAACCUCUUCAGCUACGGCGGCUACCAGGAGAGUCAGCUGGGACACAGUAACGUCAGCAUGGGAGAGCUGGACCGCAUCGCUCAGAAUAUCAUCAAGUCUCACCUGGAGACGUGUCAGUACACGACGGAGGAGCUGCAGCAGCUCGCCUGGCAGACACACUCCUACGAAGAGGUCAAGAUGUACCAGAGUAAGCCUCGGGACGCGCUGUGGCAGCAGUGUGCCAUCCAGGUCACUCACGCCAUCCAGUACGUGGUGGAGUUUGCCAAGCGGAUCUCAGGAUUCAUGGAACUGUGCCAGAACGACCAGAUCCUCCUGCUCAAGUCAGGUUGUUUGGAGGUCGUCUUGGUGCGAAUGUGCAGGGCGUUUAACCCGCUCAACAACACUGUGCUGUUUGAAGGAAAGUACGGAGGCAUGCAGAUGUUCAAAGCUCUAGGUUGCGAUGACUUGGUGAGCGCCGUGUUCGACUUUGCCAAGAGCAUGUGUUCACUGCAGCUGACCGAGGAGGAGAUCGCUCUCUUCUCAGCGGCGGUGCUCAUCUCCACAGAUCGACCGUGGCUGAUGGAGCCUCGGAAAGUGCAGAAGCUCCAGGAGAAGAUCUACUUUACUCUGCAGCACAUUAUGCAGAAGAACCACAUGGAUGAAGACGCACUGGCAAAGCUGAUCAGCAGAAUCCCAACGUUGUCGGCGCUGUGCACGCUCCACACCGAGGAGCUGCAGGCGUUCCAGCAGCUCCACCCAGAAACCGUCAACGUCCUCUUCCCGCCGCUCUACAAAGAACUCUUCAACCCAGACCCAAACUCCACCAUGGUCAUGCCCAAGUGACCACAACAAGCAAACCAAGAGCAGGACCAAGAAAAACCAGAAGAAAACCCACAGCAGCACUGGCCACACCCACAAUCAUCGCUCCGCUAACCUCGUCUUAGGCUGCAAGGUGAGGGAGUCGCCGUCUGCCACAAACGCCAACAACACUUGGAAUGUCCAGCACUUAUCGUCGUCCCGUUCACCGAUACAGUCUGAAGAAUGUAUAUAUGAACAAAAACGUGGCCCGAGUUUUUCCUCCCGAGUCCUCAGCCCAAACGUGACUGACCAGAAAUGUACAGACAAACACAAAAAUAAGCUGUCAAAAAAAAUGGGUAAGUUCAUUUGUUUUAACUUUGAUUUUUUAAAUGAAGACGUGGUGAAGUUGAAGGACGGGGGAGGGGGACUGUGGAUUUAGAGAAGCUACUGUAGAUAAUUCUUCUAGUGCAGAGCGGAUUCCAGUAUUACUUCUUGUUCUGUUAAGUUAGUCCUAAUUUAAAUAUACAGACUUUACCUUUGUCCAUGUGUUUUUAUUUUAUUUUAUUUUAUUUUAUUUUCCAUAGUUUCUUGUACAGAAUUUGUAAAGUUGUAAAAGAAUAUUUGGUUCAAAACUGGGAAAAACAAGAUUUUUGUGAUUUUUGUUUGUUGAUAAACUGAAGCCUUGUCUGGAUUUUGUUCAUAAUGUGAAGAAGGUGCUGCUGCGUCCGUCUGACCAGAACCUAUAGAACAUGUAAAGAGAGCUUAUGAAGGAUUUUAAAAAAAGAAAAAUAAUGGCUACUACUUUUCAUGGUGAAAAUAAACAGUAUAGGUAAAUAUUCUAUUUUGCAAAAAAAAGAAAGAAUUUGACAGACUUGCCGUUCUAUCAAUCUUCUUUUUUUUCAAUAAUUUAAAUACGUCCAAUGCAAACUGGACGGCUUCUGAACAAUCAAUCACAGACAACCAAUCAGAAACUAGGACCUCACAGUGAACUCCACCCUUUUCUGCCCCCCCCGGCACAUAAACCCGAUUUAUUCUCCGUCACUCCAGAUUUUUGAUAAUUGUUGUUCGACAAAUUAAAUCACACAAUUGUGGAGCUGCAAAAUACAAGAAAGUAAAACGUCAUCCCUUCAAAUAAAGUCGUCAAUUUCUCAUUUAACAUAUGGUGGUGUUGAGAUGGGCACGUAUAUACAUAUAAGUAUGUAUAUACAUGAAAAAAUGCUUCAUCAAAUUUCAUUUCAAUAUUUAAAAAAAGAAAUAAGCGUCAAAGUUGUCCUACUUGGAUGACUCGAUAAAAUUGGUGCAGUUUGCAAAACAAAUUCAAAACCAUACAUAAAAAUUCUUCAAUUAAAUUUUGGAGAAGAGUGGCCGAACAAAGUAUUUCCCUGAAUUUGUUCAGGGAAAAGUUGCUGGAUGGAGAAUAAAGCAGGUGUUAUUUGUGCACGUGUAUAUUUAGGCUUCACAGAUGAAAUGAAUUUAAUUGUCACAGCGCUCUCAUUCCUCGGAUCACUAUUUGCACACAGACAUGAAACUGAAGGAAGGACCUUUUUAUUUUUCCUCUGAAGAGCAAUAACUUUCACUCUGCCUUUCUGAUCUUUUUCCCCUCGUCCUCGUACCAACUGGUCUGAACAGGGUUGCAGCAGUUUCUCAGUAGAAUGCACUAUAUUUGUCGUUAAUUAUGUGAAACAAUCGUCGUGGAUGAUCCUCACUCACAAAAACAAUGAUCUGGGGUUCGGACAAAAAAACGCACUUCAAAAUGUGAAGAAAAUGUUAUUUAUGCGCAUUUAAAUCUGCAUUCUUGCAUUAAAGCUCGGUGCAGGUCGAGCUGUGACGAGACAAUCACUGUUCUGUGGGUUUUUUUUGCAAAUUCAAUAAUUAAUGGCACAAAUAAAAACCAGAUCACUGUCGCAAAAA